AUGGCAAACCCGUACGGAGGGUCAUACCGCAACGGCGACAGUAAUGGAUAUCCCGGCUCCUACGGCCGACAAGCGCGCCGGCCACCUCAACAACAGGAGGGCGACCACGAUCCCUUCGCCAACGACGGCUACAAGAGCGAGGGCUACACGAGCGACCGAUAUGCCACUCCUCCACAGCAGAUCAACGCAAGACGACCGCCGCCCCGGACCGGUGGAUAUGGCGGCCCUGGAGUAGCCGGCAGUAGCUAUGGAAGCUCUUCGGCCACGAGGUUGCAGCGGGCGCAAGAGUCGAGCGCUGAGCGCAGGAUAGCAGAAGUACUGGAACACGUCAAGGAGGACUGGCCGGCUCUGUGCGAACCCGACUGCAUACCUGCCUCGCUCGCCCUGCAGCUUCUUGACAACAGCUCGGUCGGCAGGGCCCACGAAUAUCCAAAGUUUCAAGAAAUGCAUCAAUACCUGCAAGACUCGUUGAAGGGAAUCGUGCACGAGCACCAUCAGGGGUUCAACAGCUCCAUCGGUACCUUCCACAAGAUCCAGGGCAGCAUACAGGCCUCGCAGAAGCGCGUGCGCACGCUGAAGGACUCGCUGGUCGCUUCCCGAGGCACUCUUGGCACAACUGAUCCUGAGCUCAAGAAGAUGUACAAGACCUCGCAGACGUACGACGAGGUGCUGCAGAUACUCAAUGAGCUGGAGGACCUCCGGACGGUGCCCGAUCAGUUGGAAGCACGGAUAUCCGAGAAGCGAUUUCUUACCGCUGUCGAAGUGCUACAAAAUGCUCUGCGCAAGCUAAGAAAGCCCGAAUUGGAUGACAUAGGAGCCCUGAGCGACUUGAGGAGCUAUCUUGCUAACCAGGAAACCGCUUUGAUGGAUAUCUUGGUCGAGGAGCUCCACGAGCAUCUAUACCUCAAAUCGCCCUACUGUCAAGAGCGGUGGCAAAGCCUGUCCAAAAACCAUCGUACCUUCAACAGCGCCGGCGAACAGGAUGCCAUCACUCCUUUCCAUUAUGUGCUGGACUCAAUAGAAACAAGCACCCCGCUGGCUGAGGAUCCCGCCAAAAAUCCCGAGGCUGAUACGUUUUGGUAUGUGCAGCUUUUGGUAGAGUCUCUGAACAGACUCGGACGGCUCGAAGGAGCCGUGGACACUCUGAAGCAGAGACUCCCCGUGGAACUAUUCUCGAUCGUGAACGAGACAAUCAAUGAGGUAGACCAAAGGCAUCCAAGCUCUCUGCGCGGCGGAUCCUCCAAUGCCGAGGGUCUGCACAUAUAUGGCAGCCGCGAAACCCAACUACGCGCUGAUGUCAUCUAUGACCUCCUUUGGAGCCUGUUUGGCAAAUUUGAGGCUAUUGCCGAAGGACACCGAAUCUUCCACGAAUCCAUCAAGGCACUCAUCAAGCGGGAGGGCGCUGGGAACAACAGCUCCUUGCUGGGUAGCUUCAAAGAGCUUUGGAAUCUCUAUCAGAAUGAGAUCCGCUCGCUAUUACACAAUUACGUAACUACUGACGCCGACGUUUACCAUUUCAACACUUCGCCAAAACUAGGCGGAAACACCAACGGUAACAAGAGCAUUGGCAGAGAAAACAUGUUCAAGUUCUCCGAAGCAGAUCCUAAAUCCGUCGAAAUAACAGCCGAAUACGAGGCACUAGAUGGCAUCAUCCAAGCCGCAGUGCCCGGCCUCACAUCUGGCUCUCGGAAAACGAAGGACUCGGACAAAAAGGCGGGGAGAGACCAGAGAAGAAAUGCGAACCUCGGAGCUUUUGAAAAUAGGCAGGGUCCCGGAUCAUAUAAGUCAUUGGUGGAGCCCAGUGUUUUCAAUAUGAGCCUCCUGUUGCCGCCGACAUUGGUAUUCCUACAGAGGCUUAAGAUCAUCGUGCCACCGGGUUCAGAUUUGGCGGCAAGCGCUUUGACAUCGUUCCUCGAUAACUUCUUGGUCAAUGUCUUCCAGCCGCAGCUAGACGAGACUUUGGCCAAGCUUGCCGAUAACAUCUUUGCGGAAGCAAAUACAUUCCAGCAGGAUCCCGACUGGAGCGCCGUAUCUCGAAGACCUAUCUUCAGAGGAACGACACAGUUCUUCACCGUCGUCACAGCCUUCUGUCAAAUGCUCGGAACGAUUCCUCACGAUCAAGCGCUGAGUUCGCUGAUCCUCUCGCAGAUGAACCGAUACUACGAGCGCUGCUUGACAUGGUUCAGAUCACUGGUGGCGAAGGCUCAGGAGGUGGCUACCGCUGCUCAGGAACUGCGCUUCUCCGCCGAGCUUGCCACCACCGAUGGGGAUCUUCAAGAGACCAUCAAGAAGCUUUGGACUUCGGAAACACCCGACCAUGAGUUGAUCGAGAAAGAGGUCGCCCUUUUGAUUAUGCAAACAAACGAGCGACCUCUGGGCCCCAGCGACAUUAUUCAGGAUCGUGAUGUCAUAUCAUCACUUUGCCUCUUGUAUACAAGCAUGAAGUGGCUUACCGUCAAGGUCACGACCUUGAGACACAUUACACGGUCCGAAACCGAUUCUUCACGACCAACUCUGCCCAAAGACCAGAACCGGCGGUGGACUCUACUCAAUGAUCCAAGCAAGGCGGGUGGCGAGCAGAACGGGCCUGUGUAUCUACCAAUGACACAGGAAACAGUACAGUCUUUCGACAGCAUAGUAUCGUCUUAUGAAGAACUCGCCGGCACUGUGCUCCUGACUCUGCACGCGGAGAUUCGCUGCCGUACAAUUCACUCACUUGCGGCGACCUUGUCGCCCUCGACAGCGCCGUAUGUGCUACCUCUCGACCAAGAAAUCAAAGAGCCCGACCAGACCAUCCUAUCCCUCAACACCGAGCUUGUCGCCUACGACGAGACCGUGGUACGCUUCCUCCGGGCGCACGAGAUCAGCUUUAUCCGCACGGGUCUGGGACUUCUCGUCGACAGCUACCUGGUCGGAAACGCGCUGCAGACCCAGCCCAUGAACGCGAGCGGCUGCAACCGCAUGAAGCUGAACAUCCUGGUCCUCCAGCAGAACCUCAAGAACAUCGAGGCCGGCAUCGACCUCGCCCGCGCCGCCAACUACUACUCCCUCUUCGAGGCCGGGCCGGACGGCAUCGUGGCCAAGGCCAAGGCGGACAACGAGAAGGACCGCGACGCGGUGCCCGGCGAGGAGAGGUUCAGCUACGACGAGCUCAAGGCCCUCGUCGAGCUCUGCUACAGCGAGCAGCUCGCCAACCCGGAGAGGGGCAUCGCCGCCGCCGCCAAGAGGCAGAUGGGGGAGAAGAAUCUCGCGCUGAGCGAGUACUUGUGGCAGAGCUAG